GAGGGGAGGGACGGGGCGCUCGGAGCAGCUCGGCCCGGCCGAUAGACGGACACACACAGACAGCGCGACACACAGACAGCGCGGCUGCAGCAGCAGCAGCCACCACAGCAGCGACCGCCCGUCCGUCCGUGCCCCCCGGCCAUGGAGCUCGGCCGCCCGCCGGCCCCCCUCAGCCCGCCGUUGCAAACUUCUCUCCAUGGCUUAAAUGGACAUUGGAGCAUGUCUGUCUGAUGGAAUGUACAACCCCAGAUGAUCCAAUUCUUCAGGAAUUAAAUUCCAAGGAAAAGAAUACAAUCCUUUCUGCAAUUUGCUUGUUUUAAUGUAUGGCUUGCUCUCACACACAGAACCUGAGUUUUAAUUUCUGUAUGCAGAAAGACAAGGGUCUGCCUUCAGUAAACCCUCACCAGGAGAGGUUUAGCCACAGGACACAGAGAGGUGGAAGGAACUUGGAAGCACUGUGAGAAGGUGAAAGGAAAUACCCAUUUUGUCCUUUUUUAAGCCCAUCUGGGGAAGAUGAAGCUUCUGCCUUAUGGCUGGAAGUAGUGGAGUCCAUCAGUUCAGCCUGGGACUGGGGUGGUGACUGGCAGGGACCUGCUGCAGCUUUUCCUUUUUGCCUUAAGUUGGACCCUGUGCUGCUCUCAGCCACAACCCCAGGGGCAAAGAUGGUUGUGGUGAGGAGGAGGAAUGUGAAAGUGUUCACCUUCGCCUUCCUGCUGAUCACAGUGACAUCCUUCCUGCUCAACUACACUCACCAGGUGACCUCCACCACCUGGGACCCCCGACAUCUCAUGGUGCAGUUCUCAGAGCACGUCCAGAAGCUCUUCAAGUACCCCAGGAGACCCUGCAGCUGCCACACAUGCAUUUCCGAGCUGGGACAUUCCCUCUGGUUUGACCAGAGAUUCAACUCAACUAUGCAACCUUUCCUGACCUCACACAAUGCCUUGAUCCCAGAAGACAGCUACAGGUGGUGGCUGAAGCUGCAGGGAGAGAAAGCUCCAAAGAGCCUGAAUGCCACCCUGGCAGAGCUGUUUGGGGUGAUCCCUGGGGACGGGGACCCCCUGCAGGAGCGCGGUUCCGACUCCUGCCGGCGCUGCGCCGUCGUGGGCAACUCGGGCAACCUGCGGCAGUCCCAGUACGGCCACGACAUCGACUCCCACGACUUCGUGCUCAGAAUGAACCGUGCCCCCACUGCUGGCUACGAAUCAGAUGUUGGGAGCAAGACCACUCACCACUUUGUUUAUCCUGAGAGCUACAGAGAGCUGGCAGCAAAUGUGAGCAUGAUCCUGAUCCCCUUCAAAACCCUGGAUCUGCGCUGGGUCGUCACUGCUCUCACCACAGGCACCAUCAACUUCACAUAUGUUCCAGUUCCAAGGAAAAUCAAAGUCAAAAAAGAAAAGAUCCUGGUUUAUAAUCCAGCUUUUAUGAAAUACAUCUAUGAAAACUGGCUGGAGCAUCAUGGGAGAUAUCCCUCCACAGGCCUUCUGUCUUUGAUGUUUGCUCUCCAUGUAUGUGAUGAGGUGAAUGUGUAUGGCUUUGGAGCAGACAGCAAAGGACACUGGCACCAUUACUGGGAGAACAACACUUCAGGAGGGGCUUUCCGGAAGACCGGCGUCCACGACGGGGACUUUGAGUUCAAUAUAACUUUGACUCUUGCCUCCAUUGAAAAAAUAAAAUUCUUCAAGGGCAGAUGACCAUGGCCACAGGGACAAGUGGGGGCUGCAAUUUCCAGCAUGCAGCAGAAGAAAGCUCAGUGCAGAUGAUCUGGGCACCAGCCAGGUUUGAAUGCGUGGAUCUGCAUUGGUGGGUUUGGAGCAUCUCACGCCACAGGGAUGAGGCCCAGGCUUCCAAGCUGCACAUGAUUCCCCAUCCUGGGAUAGCUGGGAGCUGCCAAUCAGCUGGAAUAAAUUAAUCUCUGCUUAGGCACUGUGGCUCAAUUCUUGAAUUACUGAUGAAAGAUCUGCCUGUUGCAAUUAGAGGAAGCCUGAGCACAGGAACUGCUGUCUGUGUGUCUGUUCUCUCCUCGAGCAAGGCAGCAGAUCCUUGAAGAAGAGUGAAAAUGACUUCUGGGACCUGAAAUCUGCUAAGGCAGCUGUGAACAUCAUAGUAAGGAUUACCUCAAAGAAAUUAAUUCAUUUCUGCUGUUGAUCUUCUUUUUGAACCACCUCUUCUCUGUUCUCUUAUUGCUUCUGUUUUCAUGCUGUAUUAAGGAAAAACAUGAUGAAGUUGCCUGGAGGAGUAAAUAUUUCAACCAUUGCCUCAUUUUGCAUUGAUAGUGUCUAGAAAAUAUGAAUCAAAUCAUCUCAUGUAUUAUUUAAUAUUGCUUCCUACACAGCCAUAAUGAUGGAGAAAAUAAUACUGAAAACUCCAGGAGAAAAAAUGGCCUUUUUAGCCACUUGUUUGUCUCAUUUGGUUAUAUGUAAUUUUUGGGGUUUUUGGGGGUAUUUUGGUGGAAAAUACUCUGGAUUUUUUUUUUAAUUAUUUUUUUAUUUAAUCAGUUUAAAAUUGGAAAGUGGACUUUCUUCAAGUCAUUUAUAUGUGCCUUUUAUAAUUGUGCAACAAAUGUGAUUUUUUUUUAAUAUGACAAACCUUAAAUUCAACAUUUUUAUAAAAGGGGGAAAAAUUAACCAAAGUUUAGCUUCUGUCUGGUAUGCUUUUGUAGUCAAAACCAAUAAUAACUCCUAUAUUGUAUUUGAACAAACACAAACAAGACAAUUUUUGAAGGUAGCUUUUACCUUUUUUAUGGGAAAAUAUUCAAAAGUCACAAGGAAAAAUUUCUUCUUAAUUUUUUUUGCAAGUUUAAAAAUGCAGUAUCUCUUUACAAGGUCUCUAUCCAAAAUGGAAAAAAAAAUCAUGGUUUGCAAUAUUAACUAGUUAUACACUGAGAAUCUUUUGCUCUGUAACAGCACCUACAAAGACACAAUCUGUCCAAGCUGAUCUUAGAGCAUGAGACAGAUUUCAAAAUCAUGUACAUCUCUGGAGAAAUGAGUAUAUUGAUGUCACUACCCCCAGGCAGUGAAAUGAGGGAAGUUACAGUGGGGGUUUUAUACUCACAGAUUUUUGCUGGAAUCAAUGCAUUAAAUCUUCAAGGACAGAUAAAGUGUAAAUCCAGCUUCAGUCAGUGAAGAAUAGAAAACUGUGGUCUUUUCUUCUCCAUAUGAUGAAAACAGGACUUAGGGAUUAUGGAUCCACUUUCAGCCUUGGUGAAACCAGAGGAGUUCUUGCCACAGACUUCAAAAGACUUUUGAUCAGGCUUGGGAAAAAUGGCAUAUUUAAUUUUUAAUGUAUCACAUUGGUUGGAAUGUCUGGCAAAAGAAACCAUCAUCUAAACGUCCUCUCUUCUAUGCACCAGUUGUGGCAGAAUGUCCAAGCAGAUGAGUUUCUGAGCCAGUGAAAGCCCUUCAACAGUGAAGAGCUUCAUCCAGGAUUUAUCCCCUUGUCCUUCUGCACCGGUUGGUACCAGUGAGGUGCCCUCCAAGGCAGCAGCACAUGGCACAGUGGCAUGGGCACAGUGGCAUGGGCACCGGAAUUUUGGGCGACAGCACCCCUCACAGCAUUAAUUCCUUUGCCCACGUGAGUAUUACUGGACUUGUGGCUCAUAAAGAGCCAAGAAUGCCAAAUGUCUGUGUGGGAACAGAGCUCCCUCAGCUUGUGUGACCCUUCAUUGCAGCAAUAUGGAAAGGGCAGGAUUUUGAAAUCCUCAAAUCCUCAUGAUGAGACCUGUUCACAAUCCUCAUGUCAAGAAGCCAUUUCCCAGCAUGAGCUGACCUGGGUGUCACAGGCACAGCAGAUUGGAUGGGCUCACUGUUUUCUACAAGUCCUUUGUGAAAGAGUGAAGCAUUACUGCCUGAACCAUGUUUGUUUGCUUUAAGGAUUCCAGCUUGUUUAGAUUGCUGUUAAUCAAUAUGGCUCUUGUGAGAUGCUGCAGUAGUACAAACAAAGCAAGUUUAAGAGGUAAAAGACUACGUGUAAAAUGCCAGUCAUAGCUUCACAGUGUGGCUGGAUUUUGGAGCUUCAAGUACUUCUCUUUUUUCCUCAUGGACAAAUAUUAGUAAUUCAGAAACAUUGACUACUCUUUCAGUCAUUUUUAGAAAGACUUGGAAGAAGACUCAUGGUGGUUAAAUCCCCUUGAUGUUUUGUUGUUGGGUAGUUUUUUUUGUUGUUGUUGUUUUUUUUUUUAAUCACAGGGAUCAAUUUGGAAUCAAAAACAGUGGAAAAAGAAGCCAGCCAUAUUCUAGCCUGUGUUGUUUGAAAGUUUCCUUUUGCUGUUCUAAUAAAUUUCUGUUUCUCCCUGAACAUUCUGCCUCUGACAGCACUUAUAAAACCUCAUGGCUCAUACAUGCACAUAGAUUUAGUGUCUUCAUCAUGGAACAAGCUGCAAUUCCCAUUUAAUUUUGUUGCCAACAGCAAGCAGUAACUGUGUACCACUGAUGUCCAUUUUUCAGAGUGUAGGGAGAGCAGAGUGGAUCUCUCUAGGUGUAGGAUGAGGAAUAGUCUGUGCCAUCAUAUUUCUAUUCCAGGGGAACUUUUUCCAGAGUCCUUUAGGCAGCUGACUGUUGUGUUAGAAUCUUGUCUCUGUUUCUCCACAAUUUUGCUGCUCUUUCAAUUGCCUUCAGAAUCAGGAGAUACCAACAGGUGAUGCUGAGGGAAGAAUUAAUUCCUACUGGCCUUGUUGAAGACUUUUCUUGCUACAAACUUCUUGGGUUUAUUUAGUUUAAAAGAACUAAGGAAAACAUUUAACAACAUGUCAAGGCUUCAAAUUCUUGGACUGUAUUUGCUACCACUGCAAAAUCUCUGAAGCACUCCUUGAGUGUGUGUUGUGUUUUUUACCAAAGCCAGAUCUCUUGAGCACUUUUUUUCUCCCAUGUCCAGGUUUUCUUUGUACUUUUCUCUGACUACACAAUCAAUUAUGAUUUUUUUCUCUAAUGGUGGGAGUCUC